GGACACUUUCGCAUUUUCAAAACUUUGUUAUGCAGAAAUGUCCCCCUAUUGUUUUAUAGAGGGGACACUUUUCCAUAGUGUCGUUUUGCUAUGCGUUUCGGUCCCCCCGGACACUUUCGCAUGGGGGCAGUUUGCUAGGGCAAUUUAACCUUUGAAAAUUUCGGUUAGGCAGUUUGCUAGUAGAUCGAUGGUUAUGCAAAAUUCCUUAUCAAUUAUUUAUAGACAGGGAAAUUAUUACAAAAACCUAACCAAGUGUCUAACUAUAAAUCUCUCAAGUAAUUUUGAUUAUACAGCAUAUAAAGAGUACUUUAGACUUUGAAUCAUUUUUGCGAUUUCCUAGGGGGCUAAUACUUAUGUUAAAGGUAACUGUGAUCCGGUGAACCAAAUUUGUAAAAUCUCAUACUCUUGCUCAUACUUCCAACCAUGUUCUUCAAGAGGUAUGGUUGGAAUUCUUAUACCCAUGCAUCUGUACCAGUGAAAUGCCUGGUAAUGGACUCUCUUGAUGGCUUGUUUGACCGAAUCUAGAUUUGGCGGUUUUAUUCAAAUCUUUGAUUCCAUAUUUUUAAAAAGAGGAACUCUUGUUUUAAGGUAAUUUUCUUUUGCCUUCCCGUUAAAGGUGAUAAUUGUGCAUGGUUUGAUAUGUUUGCGAGGACACUUCUUGUUGUAGAAGACUGCCUGAUUUUACGAGAAUAGUUCGACGUUGCGGGACAACCGUAAAGAAACAUAGAACAUGUUAUUAACCUUGUUCGUGGAAAGAUCGUUUGAUUGGAAGAUAGAAAGUCGUGAGAGCAUUAUGAUUUUGAUUCGUAAUAUCGAGAAUUCGUUAUAUCCGAGUUCGUUAUACCGAGAGAACCCAAGGGACUAGACAUUUAGUUCGUUAUACCGGAAAUUCGUUAUAUCCGGGGUUCGCAAACACAAGGUCCCUGUGUCACCGCGAGGCAAUAAUCGGAACGAGACCGAGACAUACACGGACAGGGACGGGCCUAAGUUGUUGCCAGCGUUGAUUUAUAAUGCAGAGUAAACAAGAAGCGUGGUAAAAUCGUUGCACCGUUCAUUAUUUUUCAGGAUGAGCAUGGCAUCUUUCACUGGAAUACUCCCAAGGCUAAGAUGUAAUGGAUUACAAGUAGUUUUAACCCCAAAAUUACUUUUAAAUAACCAUGCAAAAUUAGGACCGGAGUGUCGCCGAGUAUUUGCGAUAGGUGUAGUAGCUGGUACAUCUUGGUGUCAAUCAAGAUUCUGUAGCUCUGACUUGAAAAACAGGGGUCUACGGUCUUUGGAAAAAUUCAUUGAUACACGAGAGGCAGAAAAUUUAGACGCAGAGAUUUUUGAGAAGAAGAGAGUUUCGCUUUGGCGAGAACCAAAACCUAGUUUCUUUCAAAUAGAAAAUGAUAUCCCAGAGUUGCCUGCAGAAACACAGUUACAAACUCGAAACAGAAAUCCAAGAAAUAUGGAACUUCUUGGCUACAACAAACCAAAGGGGUAUGGAAAACUACGGAAAAGACGGGACUUUUGGAACAGAUUGAACUUGGUUAUCAGCAACAAUCAUACAACUGCAUAUGUUGAUCAUCAUACUGGUGAAAUCCUAGUUUCUGCUUCAACCCAAGAAUUUGCCAUUGCAAGGCAUUUAUCAAAAAAUACUGAUGUGACCGCUGCAGUCAAUGUUGGUCGAGUAAUUGCAGAGAGGUGCAAAGAGUGUGGCAUUGACAGAGUUUUUUGGAGAAUGAAUCAUGUAAAGAGGAAAGAGAAGGUGAAAGAAUUCAUUUGUGCAGCCAGAGAACAUGGAUUGAAACUAAAUGAAACAAGAAGAAAGAUUCUUCCUCAUUAUUAUACAUCUGAUACAGCUGACUUCAAACCAAAGAAGAAGAAGAGAAAGUUCUUUUCAGCAUCAAUGAAGCGAAAAUUUACAUUUGCAAGAAAAGGUUAUAGAUAAAUCUUUGAUGUUACUUUUGCAGAUCACGUAUUCUCAAGGACUCUUUGAAAAACAUUUGUUUCUAUUGGCUCUCUUGUAGUUAAUUUGUAUGUGUUGAAAAAGUAAAAUUGAUGUCAUUUCUCUAAUAUUUCUGGAAUA